ACAGUUCAUUGAAAACAUGGCAGAUGAUAAUAUUUUGGGAGUCGAAGAGGAGAAUAUUUUAUAUGAUUUACUCAUUAACACCGAAUGGCCACCUGAAACAGACACGCAGCUGCGUGGACCGAAAGAACACAACUCCUCACUCAUUGCCAAGGCAGUAACGGGACCCUUCAGGUUUAUUCUACACUACCUAUGGUACAGCCCUUCUAGUUCAACUUUGCCACCUGGGCUGGUGCACCUAGCAACCAAACAAGUGAACUGGCAACUGAUGUUAGCGAGUAAUGGGAAGCUCCUGGCUGUGGUUCAAGACCAAUGUGUAGAAAUUAGGUCAGCUAGAGAUGACUUUGGAUCCAUCAUAGGAAAAUGCCAAGUACCCAAGGAUCCAAACCCUCAGUGGCGUAAAGUAGCGUGGAGUCAUGAUUGUGCACUGCUGGCGUAUGCUGACAGCACUGGCACGGUUCGUGUCUUUGACCUGAUGGGCAGCGAACUCUUCGUUAUUCCGCCGGCUGUGAGCUACCCUGGAGAUUUUAGCUAUGCAGCUGCUGGUCUGAUGUUCUUAGAAUACACUGCCAGUGCACAGUGGUCAGCAGAGCUACUGGUUAUCACCUACAGUGGCCAGCUCAAGAGUUAUCUGGUCAGUGUUGGAACCAAUCAGGGUUUUCAAGAGAAUCACAGCUUCAGUUUCUCCGCCCACUAUUCCAAUGGAAUAACCACAGCAAUAUAUCAUCCUGGCCACAGAUUGUUGCUGCUAGGAGGGUGUGAAUCGGGUGACAGUCUUGUGUCCAGGGCGAGCCGUUGUGGGAUCACAGCAUGGAGAGUGUUGUCAGGGUCGCCACAUUAUAAACAGGUCACCAGCUAUGAGGAUGACUUUAGUGCGUCUCAGAGGCGAGGAUUCUUCAGGAUGCCCAGCUUUCGACUUUUCUCCAGACACAACAAUGAACAGGACGGUGUGUUCAGAAUGAGUCUGUCUCCUGAUGGUACAGUGCUGGCUGUAAUCCACUUCUCUGGGAGUCUCAGUCUGUGGGAUAUUCCAUCAUUCAAACUGAGGGGCUGGUGGAAACAAGAAGAACAACCGGCAUUCGAUGAGAUCAACCCCGCAUGGAAGACUUCGCUGGAGAAAAGAAAGAAGAUAAAAGAUAAGGAGCAGUAUCAUUCUCUGCUUGAUGUUAGCUGGUGGAGUGAGACUGCACUCAUUUUAGCCCGCUGUUCUGGAGCCCUCACCGUUUCUUCCGUCCGCACGCUCAAAAACUUGCUCGGAAAGUCCUGCGAGUGGUUUGAACCUUCACUGCGAGUCACCCCAGCCCAUGAUGGGGGCUUCCUCAGUCUGGAGUGUGAGAUAAAGCUGGCCCACAAACGCUCUCGUCUGGAAAGCAAUAUGCCGGGUGAAGAGGAUGAUGGAGAGGAGGAUUCCGACUCUGAUGAAGAGUCCUUGGCAAAGGCGCGGUAUUUGAGCUACGUAAAGCAUGGCCUGUACUAUGUGACGGAGAUGGAACGCUUCGCCCCUCCCCGAAAACGUCCUCGGACCGUCAUCAAAAACUAUCGUCUGGUCAGCCUGAGGUCCACUACACCAGAGGAACUGUACCAGAGGAAGAUUGAUAAUGAGGAGUAUGGAGAGGCGCUUUCCCUGGCUCAUGCAUAUGGUCUGGAUUCUGAUCUCGUCUUCCAGAGACAGUGGAGAAAAUCUACAGUCAGCAUCGCUUCCAUUCAGGACUACUUGAGUAAGAUAAAGAAGAGAUCAUGGGUGCUGCAUGAGUGUGUGGAGAGAGUUCCAGAGAACGUGGAUGCGGCCAAAGAACUUCUGCAGUACGGCUUGAAAGGAACAGAUCUCGAGGCCUUGAUCGCCAUCAGUAAUGGAGAAGACGGGGGCAGGUUCAUCUUGCCAGGUGAUGUUGAUCUGGAUGAUGAUCCAUAUGAAGACUUUCUGUCUAUAGAGGAAGAGAUGGAGCAAAGAAAAGAGAGGGAGGUGAAGAAGAGACAGGAGCUCCUCAAAAAAGUGGAUUUUAGCAAGCUGACUCUAGAGCAGAGGGAGCUCUGCAGGAGUAGAUUGAAGCUUCUGUGCUAUCUGGACCGCUUGGCUACUUAUGAGGAAAUUCUAGGCGGACCUCAUGCGGCAGAGCAGAGAUUUGAUGCCGAAUUUUUCAAGAAGUUCCGCAAUCAGAAUAUUGUUCUGUCAGCAAGAAAUUACGCCAGGGAGAGUAACGUGCAGGCUUUGGACAUUCUCUUCACUUAUCACAGCUCAGAGUUGCUCCAGCACCGACUUGCCAUCCUUUACAAUUUCCCAGAAACCACCUCUCCUCACGAGUACACCGACCUUCUGCCUAAGGCUGGUUUGGAUAAGAAGGGUAAUUUGUUGUUGAUUCCUUGGGAGGAGAGCCGACACAGAGAUCUGGACUGGUGUGAGGUUCCUGAGUGCAGAGGGGUAGUGGAGCCUAACCCUGUGGAUGACUGUAAUUUCCUGUAUGAAGAACAGCCAGAUUUGGAGAGAUUUUGUAUGGCUAAACCCUCCAUCACAUUGCUGACUGAGUGGUACCUGACCAGGGCACAGGACAUAGAAAGCAAUUCCCACCAGGUUGAUUGUUCCCUGUCUCUGGUGCGUCUGGGAAAAGAGCAAAACAUUCCUGGGCUAGAGGUGCUGUGUGAUGACCUAGUUACCAUGGAGACACUGGUGUAUGAGACAUCAUGUGACCUGAGUCUCACACUUAAAGAUCUACAGCAGCUCAGGGACAUUGACAAGCUCCGCCUUCUCAUGAAAAAUUCUAGUGAGAGUCGAUAUGUGAGGAAUCUACUCCAGUGGAUGCUCCCAUUUCUGCAUCGCUGUGAGAGACAGAAAGGGGGCUCUGCCUCUUGCCUGCUCCGAGAGUACCUGGUCACCCUCGCCAAAGAGGAUCUCAUGCUCCCCCUCAAAGUCUUCCAGCACUCCAAGCCAGAUUGUCAUCCGAAAAUCAUAGGAGACUCUGAUCAGCUGAUGUCCGUGGCAUUAGAGUGUAUCUACAGCUGUGAAAGAGAUGACCAGCUUGCACUCUGCUACGAUAUACUUGAAUGUCUGCCACAGAGAGGAUAUGGACCAGAGACAGACUCCACAAAAGCCCUGCAUGACCAGGUGGAUACUCUCGAGAAACACUUGAGUGUUGCUGAGGUGUUGGAGAAACAUGGUCUUCAGAAGCCCAUCUCAUUCGUGAGGAACAGUCAGAACAGUAAAGAAGAAGCUCACCAGCUGAUGGUCCGACUCACUCGUUAUACAGGACGCAAAAACCCUCCUGUGAGUGAGACCGUGUGGAGAGGGCUACUUCAAGAUCUCUUGGACAUGCAGCAGAAUGUUUAUACCUGUUUAGAGCCAGAGACUUGCCUUCAGGUGUUUGUGGAGAGUUUAUUGUGUUCAGGGCAGGAGGAGAACAUUCGUCUGGCAGGUCAGCUGGUGCACUGCAGUGCUGUGUCAGAGGACACUCCGGUCAGCGUGGCGUUUCGAGGUAAAGCUCAUGCCCGUGUAGCCUAUAAUUGCAGCGUGGAGCUGGUUCUGGCCGCUGCCCGGGAAUACUUCAACUCUUCAGCCACCCUCAGUGACCCCUGCAUGAUGCUGGCACGGUCAUGUUUGCUGUUGAUUGCGGAUUGUCCUCCUUUGGUCCAAGAAGAAUUGGAUCUCAUUAGUGGCCUCUCUCGGCUGGAGGAAUUUGGUGUGAAGAUUCUGCCCUUACAAGUGCGACUGCGGACGGAUCGUCUCUCAUUGAUAAAGGAGUGCAUCUCCCAGUGUCCUACUGCGUACAGGAAAUCAACACUUCUGCUCAACUUGGCCAGACUUCUGCGUGUUGCAGGUGAUGAUGAGGCCAAGAGGAAGGGUCAGGUGCUCACUCUGCUGGCAGAACAGGCUUUACACUGUCAGGAUUUUAAGGCCUCCUACAUUCACUGCCAGGAUCUGAUUGCUGCAGGCUACAGUGAUGGCUGGGAUGUUUGUGCUCAACUAGGGCAGUGUGAGACAUAUUCACAGCUCUCUGCCCGUCAGGACCUCAUGGCAUUCGCUCUUACACACUGUCCUCCCGGCAACAUCCAGAACCUUCUAGCAGCUUCCAGUUCCCUUCGGACGCAGGUUCUGUACCAAGCUGUAAAUUACAAGAUUGAUCCCUCUCAGUCCCGGAGAACAGGCAUUGAGCUGUCUGAGGCAGGAGCUGCUGUUCCAGGAUCAGUCCCCAGCUCAAUAAACCCCACAGACCUGCUCCACAGAACCACGACCCGUACCAUAGAGGUCUUGACCAACACCACCAUGACCACCAGAGCUGUAUUUACCACCUUCAGUGACUCCCAUUGGUGGAAAGAUUCCCUCAACUUACUUUGCUCACUGCACGGAAAGGACUUGGAAAAAAGCCGUACCAGCAUGACCAAUGAGAACGCAGAUCUGGAGAGGCAAGGGUGCGGUCCUUUCUACGAGGAGCUCUUCGAUGAUCCAUACGUCAAUACAACUGAAGACGUGUAUUCCUGCUAUGACUAUGCCCCUCAUGAAGACUUUGCUGAAGUUUUACUUCGGACAGGCAAACUGGACGAAACCAAAAGCGAGGGACAGAACCUCUUUCCUGCUACAGAGGUGCUCCUUCAGCUGGCCAGUGAUGCCUUUCCCAAAGAUAUGACACUCGCCCUGGCCUAUUUACUGGCUCUACCUCAGGUGUUGGAUGCUAAUCUGUGUUUUGAGAAGCAGCCCCCAUCAGCACUAUCUCUUCAGUUAGCUACAUAUUACUACUCAGUCCAGAUCUACUCCCGCCUUGCACCCUGCUUUAAAGACAAAUGCAGCCCACUUUACCGGGUUGAUCCAAGAGCACUUAUCCGUCUAGUGACCAAGCAUGUGACAGAUCAUGCUGGAUCUGAUUGGGUGGAUCAGGAACUGGAGGCUCUGAUUGGUCAGUUGCGACUCUACAGUGAGAGAUUGACAGACUUCACUCAAGCUCAAGUUUUGCAGGGACUUGGCCGUGGCGUCGAUGUCCAGAGAUUCAGCAACGACAACCAGUACAAGAAAGAGACUAUUCUGGGCCUGGCUGAGACAUUGGAUGAGAGUGCAUAUGGGAUCUCACACUCUUUGGCUCAGCGGUACAGCUUUCCUCUUUGGGAAGUGCACAUGACACACCUUGAGUUUCUGUUCACUGAUAGUGGCCUUUCCACCCAAGACAUCGAGAGCAGGACUGAGGCCCUGGGCUUGUUUGAGACUCUGAAGACAGAUCCCGAAGCCUUCCACACACACAUGACUAAAUAUGUGUACCCCAGUGUAGCUGGAACCGAUCAGCUUCGACUCCUGUUCUACUUCACCCUUCUAGAAAACUGUGGCUGCGGCAUCUACUUCCCUCCCUCCGCGAUAAAGCCUGACACGCACCUCAAACUUCUCAAGAAGCUCAAAGCCGUUGCCAUCGGUCUGGACUAUAAGAAGCUGAUAGAUGAAGAGUCCGAUCCUCUGAAAGCUCUGGAGCCAGUACUAACCAGCCAGAAUGUGCUGUCAAUCUCCAAACUGGCCCCUCGAAUCCCCCGGAAGGGAGGUGAACCGCUCACCUCUAGUGCUGUCCACACCACCUGGCUACAUAAACUUUUUUGGGAAGGUGAUCAGCAUGUGCUGAAGAAAGCCCCUCAGAGUGAUCAAGACUUCCUGCUUGCCUAUAACAUCUGUGCCAAAUUCUUUGACCGACUGUUGCCCUUAGACAUUGUUAACUUCCUGGAUGCAAUCACUUUUUCCCCUGAAGCAGCCAAUAAGCUAUCUGUAGAGACCAGACAGGAGAUCACCAAGCGUGCACAGAAGGCUCUGAAAAGCAUUAGUGGGAAGAGUAAGAAAAAGAGCAAUGAUGACAAAGGUGAAAACUCCGCCUCCAACUUUGACUCCGCACUCACACAUAUCCAGCAAUCACUCGCUCAUCUAGAGACUCUGAGCAGUGUCUUCCUCUUGUCACUCAAGACAAGCAAAGAGGAGCGCUUGCAGAUGUACAGUCACAUUUAUGACCUGUCUAGGUCCGAGCAAUCUAAGGUACACCAUCUGGCCGUCACAAUGGCCCUGGACGGACAGCUUCUUGAACAAAUCGAGCAGCUGCUCACUGUCGCUGUGGGAAUGAGCGACCUAUCGCCAAAGAGUGUAGUACAGGAUGCAGUAGAGCGAAUCAUAACUGCUCUCAGUGGUGACAAGGACGCUUUGAAAGAUUAUGCAGACCCCUUGAAGGUUCUAGAAGGAAUCGUUGCGGCAGUGCACACUAAUGUACAGAGCGGCAGUAAUAUGGUGACAUCCGAGGACAUGUUGGCAUGGCUUCGACCUUUUUGCGGAGAUGACACUAAACCGGUACGACCCCGAAUCGAAGUGCUGCAGAUUCUAGAACAUUCUUUCAGCCUCAGUGAUCAGGACAUCCACCUACUGGUGUUCUUCAGGAGCCAAGCAGUUUUGAAAUCCUGCUGGCCAAACAGAGAGUGUGAGAUGAAAGAUGUUGAGAAUGAAGAAAAGCGAAGCUCCUUGUUUCUGGAACUGUUGGAAUCAAGCAAUAAAUGGGAGGAGUUUCAACAUAUUAUGCUCCUCCUACAGGCGUGGCCACCAGUGACUGACAAGAGCAGGGUGGAGACAAAACAGAACCCCUGGGUGUGUCUUGCAUCUGCCCUGCUCAAAUACUCUGCCACCAUUUUCGAAAUCAACAUUGGGAAUGAGAUUCUAACCAUGUGUCGCUCACUGUACCCUACUAAACACAAGCUCAACCCACAGUGCAUUGGGCACAUUUCCUCUAUACUGUUGAAUGGUGGGCUGAAACUAGCUGCUUUGAAAUUGAUGACUGAAAGUGAGGAUGAACAUCUGUGCAAACUGACCCUGAAGCAGAUCAAAACCAUCACUGAUGUGACUGAGGAUUUGUGUGACUCUGAGCUCCUCUCCCUGUUGUUGAAUGCUGGGAUGUUGAUCAGUUGUGUGGACACAGCCCUGUACCCUCUGCUGGUCUCUCACAUGCUGGCUCAGGGGGACUGGGAUGUGGAGAAGGCUGCCCAAGAGCUUCACCAGGCCGGCCACAGCGCUCAAGCUGGCUCCUUGCUCCUGUCCUAUCGAGGAUCUCACCCAGGCCACUUCACUUUUAACAGUGCACUCGCUGUCAUUAGAAAAUGGCUAUGAGGUGACCAUGAGUGUACAGACUAAUCAAUAAAGGAAGUACACUGUUUUAUUUCAGCCGGAUCAAGUCGAAGUGUUAAAAGGGACAUUGGCAUGAAAUAGAAUCACAAACAUAUAUAAAAAUUAAAGGGACUGUUCACCCAAUUAUGAAAGUUCUGUCAUCAUUUACUCACCCUCAUGUCACUCCAAACCCAUGUGACUUACUUUCUUUCAUGAAACACAACAGUAGAUUUGAAGAAUGUUGUUGGUUGCUGUUUUCCAUACAAUUACAAUUAAUUGGGUACAAAAAGAGUUUUUGUGUUCCACCAAAAAUUGAAAGUCAUGUGGGUGUGGACUGAGUAAAUGAUGACAGAAUUUGUAUUUAUGCGUGAACUAUUUCUUGAUUGUUUGUACAAGAAUUUUUCCCUUUGGCAAAGGAGUCAACUCACCUUCUCAUUGCAUAGAAUUUCUCUCUCACACUCUAUCGCUCUUUCUCUCCUAAGUGAAGCUCGGUGACACGGGUGUAAUUACAUUACUUUGGCUGUUUGGUCACGGUAGCCUGCACUAAUAAUCAUUACAGGCACGGAUUCGGAAUUGAAAACGCUGCAUGUGUCUGACGGUGUGUUUGCGUAUGUAUGUGGGGCUUCAUGGUUGAUUGGUCCACACACAACUUUUGCUCUUUCCCUUUGUAGGGUUAUUAAUUACUUUUGAAUAAAACAGAUUAAGCCUUCAGGCUGUCUCAUUCAGUGUGAUCGUUUUAACACACAGAUGCACUACAACCUGUGUUGGCUAACUGAGCAGUAACCUUACUUGUCUGUGUAUUUAGGUAUGUUUAUCAUCAGUGUUCAAUAAAUGUAUCCAAUUUAAAACUUUUGAAAGGUGUGCCUUGCUUUAAUCAUCUUUUUAUAUUAUUAUAAUUGUAGUUUAUAAUGGGUUUUGGUGUAGUGCACAAUUUGGGCAAUGAAGUAUUAUCAAUGUAUAUUUAAAAAUCUAAAGAUGAAUGUGAACAAGUAGUUCAAUUACCAGAGCACCCAUCCAUGGUUUUAAUAAUAAAUAUAGUGGAUGUUUUUAAUAUAUUGUUGUACUUUACUGUAAGAUAUCACCUUAAACACCCUGUGCAUGGCAAAUAGAAAAUCACAUGCUAAAAUUGAAAAAAAGCAGAAAAUGUAUUCAACCCAUUCUGCACAUUUGUGUUACAGACAUAAUUAAUUCUUAAAACUGUGCCUCACAUCAUUUGAAGCAUACACGUCUAAAAAC